GAUUUUGGCCAAUGUGAUGCAAAAAAGUGCACAGGACGCAAGCUUUCAAGAUUUGGGUUUUUGAAAGAAUUGCGUGUCAAUAAUGGUUUUGGAGGAAUUGUUUUGAGUCCAGUUGGGACGCUUUGUGUCUCAAGAGAAGAUUAUAGCUUAAUCCAGAGAAAAGGAUUAGCUGUUGUGGAUUGCUCUUGGGCACGCUUGGAUGAUGUACCGUUUGUGAAGCUGCGUUGCACUGCUCCUCGCCUCUGUAUGAACUUUAGUUCUUCAAUCAAUUAGCUUACUCGAAGUAUCUGAUUUGAAGUAUAAUUUGUGGGUACACACA